AUGAAGAAAGAACAUUGCUCAUUGGUUGUAUGUUCACAGGAAGCUAAGGAUGAUUCCAAUGGAGACCUGGCGAGUCCGGGAACAUCAGCAGUAAAGAAACCAUCUGAUAGUUUUGAUGCUAAAUUAAAUUGGAACCCAAAUGACGAUGCUCAAUUUAAAGCAGUGAAAGAGGCACUGCAUGUGUCGAAAACACCACCAAAUAUUGUUUGCCGUGAAGAUGAGCAGAAACGGGUUUUCGAGUUUGUGAAAAGUUGUAUAGAACAGCAAAAGGCUGGUAGUUUGUACAUGUGUGGAUGCCCAGGAACAGGGAAAUCAUUGUCGAUGGAGAAAAUAAAACAGCAGGUGGAUGAUUGGUCAAAACAGGCAGGUUAUCCAUCUCCUGAUACAUUGUCUGUGAAUUGCACAUCACUGACAAACACAACAGAUAUUUUCAGCAAGAUACUUGGUGAAAAGCAGGCAAGGAGGAAAAUUAAUGGCUCGUUUUCACCUCUACAACAUCUUCAGAAUUUGUUUUCUCAUAAGCAGCAACCUCCCAGCUCAAAGAUGAUGUUGAUAAUUGUAGAUGAGAUGGAUUACUUGAUCACAAAAGAUCGGGGCAUCCUUCAUGACCUUUAUAUGCUUACAACACUGUCAUUUUCUAGGUGUAUACUUAUAGGAGUAGCAAAUGCGAUAGACCUUGCCGACCGUUUCCUUCCAAGAUUAAAGUCGCUUAACUGUAAACCAAUGGUUGUCACUUUCCGCGCCUAUUCAAAAGAUCAGAUCCUCAGGAUAAUGCAGGAGAGGCUUAUGGAACUUCCAUUUGUGGCAUUUGAAUCUAAUGCAUUGGAGCUUUGUGCCAGAAAAGUCGCGGCUGUGUCAGGAGACAUGCGGAAGGCUCUAUGUGUCUGCAGGAGCGCUUUGGAAAUCCUACAGGCUGAAACUAGAGAACUUACAGAAGACUUAUAUUCACCAGAGAAUCUAAUGGUGAAGUUGAAUCAUAUGGCUGCUGCAUUGUCUAAGACGUUUAGAUCUCCAGUCAUAGACACGAUCCAGUCUCUUCCGCAGCAUCAGCAAAUCAUAAUCUGUUGUGCUGCAAAGGCGUUUCGAGGAACCAAAAAGGACACAACGCUUGGAGAGCUGAAUAAGUUAUACAUGGAAAUCUGUAAAUCUGAGACGAUACCAGCGGCUGGAAUCACGGAGUUUGCUAACAUGUGCACGGUGCUAAAUGACCAGGGGCUCCUAAAACUUGGACAAGCACGAGAAGAUAGGCUAAAGAGAGUAACGCUGAGAGCAGAUGAAUCAGACAUAGCGUUUGCUUUGCAGGGAAUCAGGUUCUUCAGAAACUGUCUUCUAUGACAUGAUUAGAUCUUCCAACUGUUUGAUUCUGCCUGGGGAUCAUCAAAUAUCAGCCAUUGUUAUAAGAAAGAACAGUGGGAAUAAGAAGACAUGGAAAAAUUUUGGUCACUGCUCAACCUAGACUUGCCGUCCGAGUACCUUUAAAGCCCACGAUCGACAAGCCUUUGCCAAGUACAUGGGUAAAUCCAUUCCACCUCUUCCAGGCCCCAUAAGAGAGAAGCCUCUUGGGUUGGAUUCUAUCUCUUCGGCCCUCAAGGAUGGUUGGAGCUCCCUCUCUCGCCAUGGUUA